AUGUCUAAGACUGCCGACGAAUACAAGCAAGAGGGUAACACUGCUUUUGUUGCCAAAGAUUAUCAAAAAGCCAUUGACGCCUUCACUAAAGCCAUUGAAGUUUCCGAAACACCAAACCAUGUUCUUUAUUCAAACAGAUCUGCCGCUUAUACCUCUUCAAAACAAUACGAACAAGCUUUAAGCGAUGCUGAUGAGUGUAUUAAGAUCAAUCCAAGUUGGGCUAAAGGGUAUACCAGAAAAGGUGCCGCUUUACAAGGUUUACAUAAAUAUGAGGAAGCUGAACAAUGUUACAAUGAAACUUUGAAGAUAGAUCCAAACAAUGCAAUUGCUAAGGACAGUCUGGCACAAAUUGUCAGUGCACAACAAUCGGCAUCUCGUGGAUUCCCAGGUGGAUUCCCGGGUGAUAUGGGACUUGGUGAAUUAUUCAAGGAUCCUAAUUUAAUGGAAAAAUUAAGACGUGACCCAAAAGUUGCUGAGUUGAUGAAUGACCAAGACUUUGUUGCCAAGAUAAAUUCUUACGGUAACAACCCACAAGCUUUAACAAAUGACAUGAUGACUGAUCCAAGAAUUAUGCAGCUUUUUGGUGCACUACUUGGCUUGAAUCAACCCGAAGAAGCUGCAUCUGCUUCUUCACAACCAGACUCCAAGAAUGAAGAAGAACCUAAGAGGGAAGAACCUAAAAAGGAAGCUGAACCGGAAGCCAUGGAAGUCGAUGAAGAAGAACAAGAACAAGACACUGCAAGAAUAGAAGCUGACAAGGCUAAGGCAGAAGGUAACAAGGCUUACAAAGCUCGUCAGUUUGACGAAGCCAUCUCACAUUACAAUCAAGCAUGGGAAACUUUCAAAGACAUUACUUAUCUGAAUAAUCGUUCUGCUGCAGAAUAUGAAAAGGGUGAUUAUGAAACUUGUAUCAAGACUCUGACUGAAGCUGUUGAGAAUGCCAGAGAACUAAGAACUGAUUAUAAAAUUGUUGCCAAGUCGUUUGCACGUAUGGGUAAUGCUUAUGCUAAACUUGAUGACUUAAAAAAAGCUAUCGAAUAUUAUCAAAAAUCUUUAACUGAGCAUAGAACACCCGAUAUCUUAUCUAAAUUAAGAAAAGCUGAAAAAGAUUUGAAGCAACAAGAAGCCGAAGCAUACUUAAGUCCAGAAAAGGCUGAAGAAGCACGUCUAGAAGGUAAAGAAUAUUUUACAAAGGCUGAUUGGCCAAAUGCUGUUAAAUCAUACACUGAAAUGAUCAAGAGGGCACCAGAUGAUGCAAGAGGUUAUUCUAACAGAGCAGCUGCAUUAGCAAAAUUGAUGUCCUUCCCAGAUGCAAUUUCUGAUUGUAAUAAAGCUAUCGAAAAGGAUCCAAGCUUCAUCAGAGCAUAUUUAAGAAAGGCUACCUGUCAAAUUGCUGUUAAAGAGUUUGCUGGUGCCAUUGAAACUUUAGAUUUGGCAAGAGAACGUGAUGACGGUAAGAAUGGUAAUGAAAUCAAUCAACUAUAUGCUAAAGCCAGUGCCCAAAGAUUCCAGCCAGCCGAAGGGAACGAAACUCCGGAAGAAACCUAUGCCAGGGCAAUGAAAGACCCAGAAGUUGCUAAGAUAAUGCAAGAUCCUGUUAUGGUCAGUAUUUUACAACAGGCUCAGAACGAUCCAGCUGCUUUACAAGAACAUAUGAAGAACCCAGAAGUUUUCAGAAAGAUCCAAACUUUAAUUGCUGCCGGUAUUAUCCGUACAGGAACUAGAUAA